UCAAAAAAAACACGCACCUCCAAAGAAUCUCAGCCUGUUGCCCUCUCCUCCUCCGCCCUUUGCGGUUGCCAACGAUGUGCACCUCCGGCCGCCCCCACCGCAGCGACCCCUCGCCCUCCGCCUCCCGCAGGGGCGCCCCGCGAGGCCUCCGCCCGGCCUUCGACGUCCUCGACGCCGACCGCGACGGCAAGAUCGGCCGCGACGACCUCAAGUUCUUCUUCUUCUCCUCCUCCUUCUCUGACCUCGGCGCCGCGUCGCUCUCCGAGAAUGACAUCGCGUCCAUGAUCUCCGCGGCCGACGCCGACCGCGACGGCCUCGUCGAGUUCGAGGAGUUCGAGCGCGUCCUCUGCCGCGGUGAUGCCGGCGCCGGCGGCGUGCUGGAGGAGGCGUUCGACGUGAUGGAUAGGGACGGCGACGGGAAGGUAGGGUUCGGGGAUCUGAAGUCCUACCUGGUGAUGGCGGGGCUGCCGGCCGACGACGAGGACGUGUGGGGAAUGAUCCGGUCGACCGGCGGAGGCGACGCGGCCGACGGUGUGAGCUUCGACGCCCUCCUCAGGAUCCUCGCCGUCGAUCUCUCCGACGCCUCUUGAAAUUCUGUGGAUCCCUUCGGUUGCUACUGCGAAAUUGCCUAACCAUUUUAUUAUGCUUAAUACAUAUGCAACAAGUCUAUAGAUUUCAAAUACUGUUGUAUCGUUCCCCAAAUAAUUAAUGGAUCUGUAAAGACGCUUGGUCGUACUCAAAGUCAACUCCAAUCACCUAAUGACACGAGUAGUUUUCAUUCUUCAAAUAAUGGUGGACUUGGAAUAUGUACAACGUGUCCAUAAUGGUGGACUUGGAAUACGUAAAACGUGUCCAGUUGAUGGAUUUGUCUGAUAGUGUCUUGAUCGGUGGUUCA